AGACCUGGUCCUGUAGACGGGAAGGAGCCUGGACACAGUGACACAUUCUCAAAGGCCCUGCAGGACCACCAUGGCUUAUGAUGACUCCAUGAAGAAAGAAGAUUGCUUUGAUGGUGAUCACUGCUUGGAGGACAUAGGACUGGCAGCUGGCCGAAGCCAACGAGAAAAGAAACGUUCUUAUAAAGAUUUUUUAAGAGAAGAGGAAGAAAUUGCUGCUCAGGUCAGGAAUUCUUCCAAGAAGAAGUUAAAGGAUAGUGAACUCUACUUCUUGGGGACGGACUCGCACAAGAAGAAGAGGAAGCAUUCCUCUGAUGAUUACUACUAUGGAGAUAUUUCGUCUUUGGAAUCGUCACAGAAGAAAAAGAAAAAGUCCAGCCCACAGUCUGCUGAUACAGCUAUGGACCUAUUGAAGGCUAUCACUUCCCCACUGGCAACAGGCUCUAAGCCUCCCAGAAAGACAGGGGAGAAAUCAUCUAGUUCUUCAAGCCACUCAGAGGGUAGAAAGGAACAUCACAGGAAGAAAGCAAGUGGAAGCGGUGGAGAACUUAGCCUGGAGGAUGGUGGCUCCCACAAAUCCAAAAAAAUGAAACCGCUCUAUAUGAACACAGAGACACUGACCCUUCGUGAGCCUGAUGGCUUAAAGAUGAAACUUAUUCUCUCACCAAAGGAGAAAGGAAGCAGCUCAGUUGAUGAGGAGUCUUUUCAGUACCCCUCUCAGCAAGCAACUGUGAAGAAGUCCUCUAAGAAAUCAGCUCGGGAUGAGCAAGGUGCUUUACUCCUAGGACACGAGUUACAGAGCUUUCUGAAAUCCGCCCGGAAGAAACACAAGUCAUCUUCAGACCCACACUCAUCUCCUGGCCCUGAAGGACCUGAUGCCUCCCAAUUCCUAGAACCCCACAGUGCUAACCUUGAUCUUUCAGGAAUUGAACCUAUUCUGGUAGAGUCGGACUCAUCCUCUGGUGGGGAAUUAGAGGCUGGGGAGUUAGUGAUAGAUGACUCUUACCGGGAAAUCAAGAAAAAGAAAAAGUCAAAGAAGAGCAAAAAGAAGAAGGAUAAGGAAAAGCAUAAAGAGAAGCGACACUCCAAAUCCAAGAGAAGUUCGGGACUUUCCACUGCAGCAAUGGGAGAGGUCACAAUGACCCCUGCCCCUCCUCCUAGCGUCGCAUAUACUGGAGCGGCUGUCCCUCCCCCACCACCUCCUGGCCUCCACACAGAUGGCCAUGGUGAGAAGAAAAAGAAAAGAGAGGAGAAGGAAAAAGAGAGAGAAAGGGGAGAAAAGCCAAAAAAGAAGAACAUGUCGGCCUACCAGGUGUUUUGUAAAGAAUAUCGCGUAACCAUUGUGGCUGAUCAUCCAGGUAUAGAUUUUGGGGAACUUAGUAAAAAACUGGCUGAGGUGUGGAAACAAUUGCCAGAAAAGGACAAACUGAUUUGGAAGCAGAAAGCUCAGUAUCUGCAACACAAACAGAACAAAGCAGAAGCUACAACUGUGAAAAGAAAAGCAUCCAGCUCAGAAGGUUCCAUGAGAGUGAAAGCUUCUUCUACAGGAGUGCUGUCACCUCAGAAGAAGUCCCCGCCCAGCACUGUGCUGUUACCGACCUCACCAGCCAAAGCCCCUGAGACAGAGCCCAUUGAUGUUGCUGCUCAUCUGCAGCUGUUGGGAGAGUCCCUAAGCCUCAUUGGACACCGCCUGCAGGAGACUGAGGGAAUGGUGGCUGUGUCUGGCAGCCUGUCAGUGCUUCUGGAUUCCAUUAUCUGUGCACUUGGCCCCUUGGCUUGUCUGACCACACAACUACCUGAGUUGAAUGGCUGUCCUAAACAGGUCUUGUCAAAUACUCUAGACAACAUUGCUUACAUCAUGCCUGGACUCUGACAGCAAAGAAUCCUGGGACAGAAACCUUAUCCUCCCCACUGCUGGCUUGUGUGUAUGUGACUGUUCCAAAUCCCUUCACUGGCCUCAGUGUAGGUUUUAAAUUUUUAUGUAUGUAUAUACGUAUGUAUAUAAAUAAUGUACAAUAUAUACAUAGGACUUUAAAUACUUUGCUUUUAAUAAUUUUACGAAGUGGCAAAAGUUUAGCCA